AUGAACUGGCAUCCCCGUCCAGAACCAUUCAACCCCUAUGACUUCAACGCGCCUAUCAACGACGGCCUAUCAUGUGACUCUUUCUUAUGGGAGGGUCAUGGCAUGCCUCUCCAGGAGAAUGGCUCCUACAACAACGUCAACCUGGAGCCCUGGACCUAUGAUGCGCCGGCUUGGCCAGGCAACGACGUCGGAUCAACGAACUUCGAGCAGCCAGACCACCAGCAGCAGCGUUCCGGAGGUCUCCUGACCCCUGUUUCCAGCGCCAUGGGAUUUGAGGGGCACACACCCUUUUUCCAGCAGACUUGGACAUCGCCUGUCAGCUCUGAUGCUUCCUCUCCUGGUGCGGCGGAGAGCGCCCAGCCGCGGGAUCGGUCUCACACUGCGAGCUGCACGUCCCAUGAUGUGCAUGGUCAGCUCAGGCCGGACGAGUCCAUUUCCCCCGCUCCCGAUGAGAAAAAGUGGAAGACAUCAGAGACCCGACGAGCGCAGAAUACAGCUGCGCAACGGAAGCAUCAACAGAGGAGAGCAAGAGAACUAAGCGCUCUGCGAAAAUCACUCAAGACACUCUCAAUGGAGAUGCAAGAACGAAAUCUUGAGAAGCGCAUCUUGGCGGUGGUGUCCGGAUUCCUCGGCUCUGCUGAGCCCGAGAAAGUUUCGCUUUCGACCCACUACGAGAAGGGUUUCACUGACGCGAGCUCAGUCUACGUGCUAUCUCAAACGGGCCCCAUGCGCUACCUCAGCGACUUGAAAAUGGCAACAGUCCACUCAGAAGCUGCCCUUUGGCGUCGGAGAGAGAAGGAUCGUCUGGCAGCCAAAAAGUCCCGGAGGAAGAGUGGAGUGAAGGGUGACGACGUUGAGGCACUGCAGAGCUUGGAGAGACAGAAACUCAGGGACGACGUCGAUACGGUGCUCCAAUCCUGGCUUGCUCCAGCCAAAUACCUCUUGCGUGAGGUGAGAUCACGCGGAAGGGUCGACUUGUCCUUCGACCCGGCGUGUCCCAUGACAGGAACAGCCGCCACGGUGUCGGUGACAGACGCAGAGGGAUUCAAGUAUACCAUGAUGCCGAGUACUCGAUUCUGGGACGGGGCGGCCGAUGCAGGGACGAUGAUCAAGUCGUAUGAUACUUACGAUCUACCUCUCCGCGUCGUGCCGUCCAGGAUUCUCGCAGAUCAUGUACCGGACCAAAAAGCAUUCCCCCACGGUACCCCCAAAGUCACUUGGCCGGGAGGUGGCAAAUAUCGGGCCGUAAUUCUCGCUCCCCCACCCCCGACUUUCGAGAACCUGGCCUCACCCCAAACACGUGCGAGCCCCUUGCGCACUGCAGCUGCCAUCCUUUCGAGGCGGCGAGGGCGGAGUCCUUUCGAUUUCAGCAGCUUGGCCUUCGACGAUGAUAUCUUCGGCUUGGACGACCCCACAUACUCGUACUCUGAGUUCUGGAGCGGUCUGAACGCGCGUCCGGAGACCAGUUAUUCCGACUCCAUCACCGAGUGCAUGUCCUCCUUCGCGCCACUCGUGCCGCAAGACUUGUACACCGGGAUGUCCGCUCAGACAUGUGACCAGGCACUGCAAAUGGACGACUGCUUGCUCCUCGCUGCGAACCCUUCGAUAUCUGUGGCAUGCCAUUUGACCGAUCGGCUCACGUCACCAUCGCCACCCAACAUCCCCGCUAUGUACCCCUCCACUGGCAGCGAUUCAUUAUGGCCAGAUUCUUCCAGCACGGCGGAGCAGAGCUCUGACGACCUGGUAACGGGGCCAGCGACGCCAACUUCGCAGUCAGAAUUGAAGGCAGAGCUUCGCCUGAAGCGGCGUGCCGCAGAAAGCCGGCGCCAUCGCAUCAGAAAAAAAGCAGAAGCAGUUGCAUUCCAACAGUCCUUCCAGAUCCUCAAGGAGGAGACGAACGAGCGGGAUCUUCAGAAACGCAUCUUGGCGACCGUCUUUGCGGUCCUUGAUUCCAAGCAGACACUAUCACUCUCGGUACCCCCCACAACCGGCCUAACGAAUGCGGCAUCGGUACGUGUCACAUCGCAAACAAAGCCCACGCUGUAUCUGAGUCAUUACGACUGGUUACGGUUUGGGUCCGGGACGAGAGUCGCCGACUUGACUUCCUCAGAGCCGUCUGAGGGAGAAGUGGGAACCGCGAAGCCUCGGUACGACUUGACUCCGAAAACACAGCCGCACGGUCUCAAUUCUGCGCAGGCUGAAAGUUCCGGAAUGAGCAGGAAGACAAACGGCAAGCAGAGCAGCGCUCUAUGGCACAGAUGA